CUCGCUGUGGCUAGGCGGCUAGUUCAAGUUGCCAUAGCUGCGAAUCUGGGGAAAGCACAGGCGGUUGCGCCGCAGCGUCAGGUCAGUUGCACCUUCUGGGUCGCUGGCGGCCGUGGGAGCCGGGAGGGGCCUCGGCGAUGAUCCGGCUUUAAGGACCUGGGGUCCUCUUCUGUCUCAGGUGGUUUGGGGAAAGUGUAGGGGCGACCAAAGAUCAUCUACUUGACUAGGCCUUUUGCCCUGAACCUCAUGAAGAAAUGAUAGGAGGCAAACACAUGUGCCUAAGAAGAGCACGGAGGAGAACACAGAGGAGAACAACACGGACUUUUGGGGGUGUGCUUUGGUUCUGAUCAUCAGGGCAGAGGCAGAAGGUGCUACUUCAGUCAGACCCAGGGGGCUGAUCUUCAGGGCCAGGGCAGACAUGGCAUCGACUUCCCCACCAGUGCACAUCAGGAGUUCCAUCAGAUGCAGGAGUUUGAACAUCUUUUAUUGCUCAGAGUAAUUGAAAUUAAUAGCCGAAGACUUUGUGUGUGUGUGUAGCAGUGAAAUUCAUGCUGGAAAGUGUGAUUUUUCUCUUAUUAAAAAUAUGUAAUCCCUAGUAGGGGAUUGUGUACAUCAAUGGCAGAAUCCUCCAGCGAUUCAGACCACUUUCGCUCUCGUGAUCGAUUGAGUCGAUGGACUGCCAGGUCAACAUACAGGGAAUCUCUAAGUCGUCCUACAGUAGGUGUCACCAAGAAGGUCAACACUAUAACGAGUACUUUACAGGACACCAGUCGGAACCUGCGACAAGUAGACCAGAUGCUUGGACAGUAUCGAGACUAUAGUAAUGGACAGGCGGGUGCUAUAGAACAUUUAAAAGAAAGCUUGGAACAAUCAAUAGGCCAACUGCGGAGUCAACGUUUAUUGAGAAACUCAGGAGGGAGAAGUAUUUCUGUUACAAGUCUGAGUGCAAGUGACCUCGAUGGUGGCACUGUGACAGAGAGCUACCGGUUUCCACCUACCUCACCCCUCAAGGACUAUGGGGAUCAAAAGGGUACUAAGCGAAUUAGGUCCAGAACUGGUGUCCGAUUUGUUCGGGAGCCUGAUGACAUGGGCCAGCUUCAUGCUUUUCAUCAGUCCCUCCGAGACCUCAGCAGUGAACAAGUUCGGCUUGGAGAUGAUUUCAAUCGGGAACUUGCCAGAAGAAGCCGGUCGGAUGCUGAAACAAAAAGAGCUUUGGAAGAAUUGACAGAAAAACUUAAUGAAGCCCAAAAACCAGAUGUGGUUUCAGAUCGGGUGGAACGACGGCUUCAGGAAAUAGAAAGAGAGAUGCGCACAGAAAGAGAGCUGGUGGAGAAACGUCAGGAUCAGCUGGGACUUAUUUCUUUACAGCUACAGGAGGCAUUGAAGAAACAAGAAGCUAAAGCAGAUGAAAAUGAGGGAGUCAUGAAAAACAAGCUAAAACAGACCGAAACUGAGAAGAGUCAACUUGAACAGGAAUUAGAGGUAUCCCGAAGGUUACUGAAUCAGUCAGAAAGCAGCAGAGAAACACUUCUGCAUCAGGUAGAAGAGCUCCGUACACAACUUAUGAAAGCAGAAGGUGAUCGAAAGGGUUUACAACAUCAAGUAUCUCAGAUGUCCAAGCAACAGGAUGAACAAGGAGAUGACUGGAGGUUUAGGAGAGGGGUUGAGCAGGAAAAAGAGAAUCUGGAGAAGCAGAUGUCAGAUUUGAGGGUGCAGCUGAACUUCAGUGCAAUGGCAUCUGAGUUAGAGGAAGCGAAGCGGUGCAUGGAGCGAAAAGACAAGGAGAAAGCACAGUUUGCAGCACAUAUAGAGAAUUUAACACAUCAGUUGGAGCACAAGGAAAAGGAGCAACUACAGAUGUUGGAUCAACUUAAGGAGAUCCAGAAUCACUUUGAGACUUGUGAGGCCAAACAUAAGCAUGCCGACCUUCAGAUCUCAGAGCUGACUCACCAUGCUGAGGAAGCAACCAAGCAGGCUGAGCAGUACCUUCUCGAGUUCCAGCAGUCAGAGGCCCUGAGACAGGAGGCAGAGAAGAGGAGAGAAGAGUUGAAACUGAAAGCUCAGGAGUCCAUCAGGCAGUGGAAGCUUAAGCAUAAGAAGUUAGAGCGAGCAUUGGAGAAACAGUCUGAAACUCUUGAUCAACUAACAGACAAGAAUAAUCAGAUUCUAAAAGAAAAGGAUGAACUGAAAAGCCAGCUUUAUACAGCAUUACAACAAAUAGAGAAUCUUCGAAAGGAAUUGAACGAUGUCUUAACCAAGCGUGCCCUUCAAGAGGAGGAGCUUCACCGUAAGGAGCAGAAACUAAGUGAUGUUAAGGCUCAUCAAGCUGACCUUGAACUAGAAAUCAAGGAUUCCCUGGACACUAUCCAAAGGCUAGAAAGUGAAUUGAAGCAUCAGAGUAAGAUUCAAAGCCAGAUGAAAGUUGAGAAAGCUCACCUGGAAGAAGAAAUCACAGAGCUAAAAAAGAGCCAGGCCAGGGACAAAGCCCAACUUCUCGAGAUGCAAGAGGCCAUCAAGAACUUGAGUGCCAUCCGGGCAGAUCUCGCUAAUAAAUUAGCCGAGGAACAGAGAGCCAGGAAGGAGGUGCUUAAGAACCUUGCUGACCUAAAGACACAGGUGAAAUCCAGAGAUGAAGAAACAGAUACAAUCAUUACACAGUUAAAGCUAGAACGAGACGUUCACCAGAGGGAGCUGGAAGAUCUCACAUCGUCAUUGCAGAGUGUGAAAACGAAACACGAACAGAACAUCCAGGAGCUGAUGAAGCACUUCAAGAAAGAAAAGAGUGAGGCUGAGAAUCAUAUUAGGACACUGAAGGCAGAAAGUAUAGAAGAUAAGAAUACGGCUAAAGUCCAUCGUUGUCAGCUAGAGAAGGUGAAAUCACAGUGUGACAGGCUGACAGAGGAAUUAACCCAGAAUGAAAAUGAGAACAGAAAACUGAAGCUAAAAUAUCAGGCUUUGAAGGACCAGCUAGAAGAAAAGGAAAAGCAUAUAAGCAAUGAGGAAGAGCACUUGAGGAGGAUGGAAGAGGCCAGAUUGCAGCUCAAGGAUCAACUUCUUUGCCUGGAGACUGAACAGGAAUCCAUUCUUGGUGUCAUAGGAAAGGAAAUUGAUGCAGCUUGUAAAACCUUCUCCAGGGACUCGAUGGAGAAAUUGAAAGUUUUUUCAUCUAGUCCUGAUAUUAACUAUGACCCACAUCGCUGGUUAGCAGAAAGCAAGACUAAACUUCAGUGGCUCUGUGAGGAACUGAAAGAGAGAGAAAACCGAGAAAAAAAUCUGCGGCACCAGCUGAUACUGUGCAGACAACAGCUGAGGAACAUGAUGGAAAACAAGGAAUCUGAGCUCCAGUGUCUCUUUGAACAGAUAGAAAGACAAGAGCAGCUUCUGGAAGAAAUACACCAGGAGAAAAGAGAUCUCCUGGAGGAGACCCACAGAAAAGAUGAAGAAAUGGAAUCUCUGCAGCCAAAGCAACUGUUUAAAAUUCCACCUUGGGAAGAUGCUAGUCAGACUGCAAUGAAAAAUCAGAAUGAAGCUCAAUUUGAAGAAAAAUCAGACCGUCUAAAUGCAUUAGAAACGAUUUCCAAUAUGCUUGAAAAUGCUCGUAAUGUUGGGGGGAAAAGUUUUAACCAGAUAAGGAAACAGGAGGGAACCUUCUCCACUGAGGGCACAAGUACCCGAGUGGCCUUGGACCAUCUGGAGUCUGUGCCUGAGAAACUGAGCUUACUAGAAGAUUUCAAAGACUUCAGAGAUUCCCACAGUUUUUCUGAGAGAAUUGAUGGGAGAUAUUCUAAAUACAGAGUUCACGGAGAGUCUCUUCAGCAGCACCAAGAUGACACCAAGUACAGAGUCAGAGGCUUAAAAGAUGACAGACUCUUUCCUGAAAGUUCCCUCGCUCAUGGGUUAGAGCACUCAUUCUCUUGGCGUGAUCACAGUCGCUUCCUGUCUAGUCCACAGUUUUCACACUUGAAUCCACUUACCAAAAGAGCAGUUACUCCAGAUUCACCUUCAAUCAAGGAAGAUGCCACAAGUUUACCAAUGGAUGGAACAAGUCCACCGUCUAAGAAAGAGGACUAUGAAAGCAAUAAAAGCAAAAUGUAAUUCGUUGCUUUACAUGAGUGUUUUACAAAUGACAGCGUAUCUGUCCCUGUUGCAGUUUGGCCCAGAUUAUUGCGCAGGCAUAUCCGCAGCUUCUGCGCUUCAGCAUUGCCAAACACUGACUGAAAGAACAAUAUAUUUGGUCUUUGGGAAUGGUAGAAGUUAAAUCAAUUCAGGUAAUAUCAGCUCACGAAUGGCAACUUACACCAGCAGAGAAAGAGAGAUACUUUUCACUUUGCAUUUUCAUUCUUCAGGUGUGGUCAGUCACAUUUUUCCAAACAAAAUUUGGAUUUGUAAUUGGGAGUUUUUUUUACAAAUGACUGGCUAAAAAGGAGGGCAACGAGUUCCCCUUGAGGUAGAAGUUGCCAGCACUUUAGAUUCAGGGAGUGUUUAUAUACAUUGAUUUUUUAAAAAAGCUUUCUCCCUAAUUCUCACAUGCUAUAACAUGUCAUGGAGAUAUGCAUAUAUAACAUUAGACAGUCCACUUUAUAAACGCUCAGGAUUGUUACACCCAUCAUCUCAGCAGUCUGUUACUACAUGCAGUAUCUUAAAAUUUUAUUUCCAAUCAUCCAUUUUUAAUAGCAAUAAAGAAUUUACAAGUGAUACCUGAAUUGUAGAACACUGUAAAGAAUUCAUAGCACAAUUUAUUUAUUUAUCUUUUUGUGGCCAAAUAUCUCACUGCAGUCACUUCAGUCGUAUUCUGGACCGUCUUUCAGUUUACUCUGACCAAAUGCACAGUUGCCAAACUCCUGUGUCAUGAGAUUUGCUCUGCAAGAGUUCUCCAUAUAAUCUGGCGCUAUAUACUUUCUGCAUCUCAGCCUUCCUCAACAUCAAAGUGUUUUUAAGAACUUCUGCUUUUUACAUGCUAAUCUACCACUGGAGAAAGAUUUCUGUUAAAUGCUAACUAAGAAUAAAGCAUCCAGGAACUGAAUCCCACUGGGCCAUUAGGGAAUGUUCUUCAGAGGGACAAGGGCAAUAAAGCAAUACCUUCCUAAUUA